AACACGCUUUUCCGAUCAGUUCGAAGCGAGUGUUUUUGUUGCAUAGGCGUUCGUUGCAGCGUGUUUCUGUUUUUUCGAAAUAUAAACAAUUUUCGGAAAUAAUUCAAUCAGUACAGUAGCCGGCCUGCGUGUGUGCGCGUAAAUAUUUACAAUAGUGAAUUUAUCGACUGUGGAAUGAAUGAAUUAUAGAGGAGAGUGUUUCAUGUGCCAAUUUUAACCAGGAUUUACAGUGGUCUGCUUUAUUUUUAAACUUCUAAGGGUCCAGAAGACAGUGUUCACCCACCGUCAAUAAAGUUUCAUGUCAGUUCUCAACCAAUCCAAUUCCAUGCUUUAUUGCAAUGCAUCCCACUGCCCAGCGCCCUGAUCAUAUUUUCCCGAAAAAUAUGCUUUCGGGCCGGAGCGUUGCCAUAUAGAAGCAUCUGUGCAUCAUAGAACGGCAGCCACAAGCCAGCUAGAAACGUAUCUGAGGAACUGGAAGCAACAUGGCCGGUGCCAUGAGCUACUUACUAGCAACGGCAGCGUUAAUGCUUGCCAACCCAAUUAGCAGUUCCGUAAUAUCAUCCUCACUGGAGGCGGAAGGUAAAUGCGAGGAAAUCACGAUCCCCAUGUGUCUGGGCAUCGGCUACAACAUGACCAGAAUGCCCAAUGAACUCAACCACGAAUCUCAAGAGGAAGCCGGUCUGGAAGUGCACCAGUUCUGGCCGCUGGUGGAAAUCAAAUGUUCGCCAGACCUCAAGUUCUUCCUCUGCUCGAUGUACGCGCCGAUAUGCCUGCCCGAGUACUCCAAACCGUUGCCACCAUGCAGAGAUCUGUGUCGGAGAGCGCGCGAAGGUUGCGAACCGAUAAUGACACAGUACGGGUUUGAGUGGCCCGAAAGAAUGGAAUGCGACCAAUUUCCCAAGCAAGGGGGCGAAAUCCUGUGCAUGGAUCAGCCCACCCACAACACUUCAUCCACGCCAAGGCCGACCAAUCGCAAACCUCUCAAACCUUGCAAGCCCGGUUCAAAAAACUGCGAAAAUCCCCAAGGAGGCACCGGAAGAACAAAAGGAAACGCACCCAACGAAUGCAGGUGCCAUUGCCAACAGCCUCUAGUCUCCCUGGGGUCCGAAAUGAGUCCAGCACCGUUCAACCGAAACGUCGCAGGCGUCCCAAAUUGUGCAUUCCCCUGCAAGGAGACCUACUUCACCACGGACGAGAAGGAGUUCGCGUCGAUCUGGAUCAGUCUAUGGUCGGGGCUUUGCGCAGCUUCUACUCUAAUGACACUUAUCACAUUUUUCAUCGAAACCGAACGCUUCAAGUAUCCUGAAAGGCCCAUCGUCUUCCUAUCAGCCUGCUACUUCUUGGUCUCAGUUGGGUACCUGUUGCGAGUGGGCUUCGGACACGAAGCCGUUGCUUGCGACGGCCCGAUUAUCCGCUACACUUCAAACGGCCCCAGUUUGUGCACGUUGGUCUUCCUUCUGGUGUAUUUCUUCGGAAUGGCGUCAUCGAUUUGGUGGGUGAUUCUGUCGCUGACUUGGUUUCUGGCUGCGGGGCUCAAGUGGGGCAACGAAGCGAUCGCCAGCUAUGCGCAAUGCUUCCACAUUGCGGCCUGGCUGAUUCCGACCUUGCAAACCUUGGGAGUUCUCCUAAGUGGCGCGGUGGACGGUGAUCCGGUGUCAGGAAUCUGCUACGUAGGCAACAUGAAUACGGAAAAUCUGCAAACUUUUGUGCUGGGGCCUCUGGUCGUCUACCUGAUACUUGGCACGAGCUUCUUGCUGGCCGGUUUCGUCUCUCUGUUCCGGAUUCGGAGUGUGAUCAAGAAGCAAGGAGGAGCCGGCGCGGGCUCCAAAGCCGAUAAGCUCGAGAAGCUGAUGAUCCGCAUCGGCAUCUUCAGCGUGCUCUACACAGUCCCAGCUACCAUCGUAAUAGGCUGCCAUCUAUACGAAAACGCCUUCCACAAGGAGUGGCUCAAGUCCUUGGCCUGCUCGUGCUUCACCUCGAACAAGGUCAAGCCCAUCUACGCCGCAUUGAUGCUCAAAUACUUCAUGGCCUUGGCCGUUGGGAUCACUAGUGGCGUCUGGAUCUGGUCUGGGAAGACGUUGGACUCGUGGCGGCGGCUUUGGAAGAGGCUGUUCGGCCGGCCGGAUCUCUCUGGAGCGAAUGCAGUGCUGAUUAAGAACCGAUCAGGCAAGCCCCCGCCACCUCAGUUUUUGAUUGCCGGGCCUGGAAGCGCCUCCUUGCUGGGCCCGACCGGAAGUGUGGCCUCGGCCAGCCAACACCAUUUGCACCAUCACGUGCUCAAACAGCCCCCCUUAAGUCACGUAUGACAAGUAGGCGACGGGUCCGCUCCUGUUGUGAUCAAUCAUCCGACGGCUCCCUCCACAGGACAGUCGUUGAGUAAUUACGGGCCCAUUUGAGUGAUCAGGUAUGGACGCCAGUCCACCGUCACAGCUCUCUAGUCGAUUUCAGUGCCAUCGAGCGGACACUUGUGUUUGUUUAAGUUAGAUUUGAUUCGGGCGAAGUCGGUAGGACUGAACCAAAAGACGUUUCGUUAUUCGGCAUUUUAUUUUCCCUACAGCAUUUUUCGGCUCGCUGAUUAGCUAAAAUUUCCGUUGGUGGCCAUCCGUUGUUCUACCGAUCGCUCUUCUCUGAGUGUGUACAGGACUUUUUUAUAUUUAUUUAUUAACGGUGCAGUGACAUUUUAUGUAUAGUUGUGUUUUCUCUCUGCGGUGGCAACACAUACUCAUGUUAUCAUAGUUUUUUGGAACUUUGGCUUUCCUGUAUCAAAGCAGGGUAAAAGUGACGACUUAAACAGUCGAUUGCCCCAAUAAGUUUCAAUGCGCAGCCUCACUUUACAUAAGAAAUGUAUGGUAAUUUUUUCGCCAGCUUUGUGAGGGGACAUGAAGCUUACAUGGGAAUCGGCCUUAAAAAUUGCAUAGGAAUACAGUUCAAAGACCAAUUCAAACUACCAAUUGAUCUGGCGACAAAAUGUUUUCUCCAUGUAGACAUUUCGACUUAAGUUCACCUCAGGGUGCGUCCAGACCUGACUAGCUGAGCCUGAGUCGAGGCUAAUACGCGGCCAAUUUCUUUGAUGCUUUGUCGAAACGCCGACAGACGAUUCGUAUUCUGUCGAUUUUUGACGAAACAUCACAGAAAUUUACCGCGGAUCAGCCUCGGCUUGUUACAUCUGGAUGCGGCGUUUCAUGGCAAAUGCAAAGAAACUUUUGAAGCCAGCAAAAGUAAAAAUUCGGCCUAAUAAAGUAAAGAGUAGUUUGAGUUGAGAAAACUGAUGAAGCAAAGCGUCGUGAGGCGCGUUGAAGCCUAAUCAGAAAUGAGUUUGGCAACAACUUGACUAAACCUUAAUCAGACCGCAUGAAAACAUCUAUGAAAAUCUCUUCUGGUUGCGUUUGAAUGAUCAGCGCAAUUAGUCUGAAGGCGGCUUUAAAUGUGACGCUUAAUCUAGCGGGUUCGGUAUGGACCAGGCCUUACAAGAAAAUCUUUAUGAGUAGCAUCAAAAAGCAUUUUACACGCUGAUUUUCAUUCAGAUGGUUUGAAACGCUCAGCGCGGAGUGGCGCGUUCGAUGUGGACCAGGCUUUACAAGGAAAGUCUUCAAUAAUAGUAUGAAACAAAAGCUUCUUAGUCGCUGAUUUUCAUUCAGAUUGUAAAGCGCCGUACUUUCUCACUUAUGGAAAAACAGACUCAUUUUGUCAACAACUUGACUAAACCUUAAUCAGACCGCAUAAAAACGUCUAUGAAAAUCUCUUCUGGUUGCGUAUGAAUGAUCAACGCGAUUGGUCUGAAGGAGGCUUUAAAUGUGACGCUUAAUCUAGCGUGUUCGGUAUGGACCAGGCCUUACAAGAAAAUCUUUAUGAGUAGCAUAAAAAAGCAUUUUAGACGCUGAUUUUCAUUCAGAUGAUUUGAAACACUGAGCGCGGAGUGGCGCGUUCGAUGUGGACCAAGCUUUACAAGGAAAGUCUUCAAUAAUAGUAUAAAAGAAAAACUUCUUAGACGCGGAUUUUCAUUCAGAUUGUAAAGCGCCGUACUUUCUCACUUAUGUCUUAGGAUUUCAUGCACGCAGAAUCACGUUACCCAAAAAAGUAAGGACAUUUUCAUCCUCAAGGAAACAAUGUGUGCUGAGGCGCGUUGAAACAUACAUAAAAAUCUAAAUUUUUUUCCUGGAUGAUGGACAUAAGCCUUAAAUGAAAACAGCCGAAUAAAGGAGAUUUCCAAAUAGGAUUCAGUUGGCGACAAAAUGCCUUUCCAAUUAAUUGGCUGAUUUCUCAUAAAUCGCAACGCGUAACUUUACGUCACAUAAAGCCGCGUCUAGACGUAUGAACACGUUCGUCUACAUUCUUCGGACGUCUGCUUGUUCGUAUCUCUAAACUUUCUUAUGAGGCUCUGAUCUAAAAUGUGUUACGUUUUCCGUUUGGAGCCCAAAUAACUGAAUGCGAUGUUGGUUCGCAACUACAAGGUUCUGGUUAGACGUCUGGGCGCGGCUUAAGAAAAUAAUCGCUGAUAAUACAGGAAAGCCAGAAAAAAUCAACCUGCUUAGCAGUUUAAAUUUGGACUCAUUUUUCUUGUUGUCGUUUAAGUACACGUGAUUGACUGCGACUUGGCAAAUAGCGAUGAAGAAUCGUCGUUUUCUCCUUUUUACGUUUAACACUGUAUAGUAACUCAUGUGUUACAGAACAACUAGACUGAAAUUGUUAAGACAUCCAUGUCACAUACCAGACUCUGUAAAAUUUUGUCGCUUAUGUUAGUAUAGAUGUAAUUUGUACAGUAAAUAAAGCAAGAGCCCACGCCAGCUUUUCUCAGACGUGAAGGCUUGUAGAGGCGGAUCAUGGUGAAGUUGCAAAGAAUUGUAUAUACAAAUCGGGUUGGAAAACGUGAAAGAUCAACACUCUAUGACUGUGGCAACUUUCAUGCUGCAUGGAUUUUGGUCGGGUUUCACUUCGGCUGCCGAUUUGGCCAUUUCACUCGGCUCCUCUACAAACCUGAAUAUCUGAAUGUCGACGCCGAAAAAAACCCUCGGCUGGCGUAAACUCUCUGUUAUUUAAACGAAAUUAUUUCCAACACGCCUGAAAAAUAAACAGUAGCAGAGUAAACUACGGGUGAUUUAUAGGGAGCCCCUGAAAAUUGUUCUGGUACAGGGAGCGUUGAAAAGGUAGUGCGUUCUAAGAAGAUGAACUGUUUCCUCCUCGCACUGCCUUUGAGGCCUCGCUGUGCCAAUCGACAAAACAAUGUCAUUCUAAAGUGAUGAACAUAUACGUAACUAGAUUUAAGGUUUUCCGUUGUGAGUGAAACUGUGAGACAAACGUACUAACUGAUUAGCCAAACUCUUCACUGCUAACUGGACAUGGGAUUUUUUCUGGUACGAUUCAGUAUCGUAUGAUUUACUUAAGGUUUACGUUGUGCAGUUUUCAAAAAAAUCGGUUUGAGAAUGAAUUCGGGGACCAUCAACGCUGUCGAUACCAAAAAAGUCCCGAUGUCUGUAGUACGAUUGCGGUACGCGUGUCGGUGAUAUUUCUUCAACUUAAGAGAAUGUUUAUUUAAUAUAUUCUUAUAGUUCCCAUAUAGAAAAUAUGUUUUAUAUACAUAAAUUAUUAAUAGAUAGAUACGUUGUAAUCCUUUUGUACUUAUAACGCUAUAUAGCUGUCUAUUUAAUCUCUAAAUUGCGAUGUACGUGGGCUGCCAGGAGUCCAAAGCAAACUCACUCUGUCUCGUUGUCACAAAACGCUUGGAUUUUUUGGACGUUCCUCGUACAUUGACCGAUGUAAAUAGCUAUUAAAUAACGUCUAAAUAAGAUAUUUUUGGGUGUGUAGGGACAUAUCAUAUUGAAAAACUUACUUCCUCAAGUCCGUUUGCAAUAGAGACAAGACGGGAUGUAUCCGGUCCAGAAGCUGUUAAAAUACGGUGGGGAACUGCGAUACGUCCCUAAUCGGCCUGCAUUCUACUUUAUUUCGUUAUUGUGAAAUAAAACCGACUUGACUAACAAAGUAUAAAGCACAAAGAAAUUUUAAUUUUGUAUAUUUUUAUAAAUACGUUGUACAGUUUUGUUUUGUAUCCCAAAUGUGUGUACAGUAGGUUUAGAGGUUAAAUGUAAACUGUAUGUAUGCUUCAAGACGUAUACGAUUUCAUUAAAUAUUUUACUGUUUAAAACAAA